AUGAGUUCAGAAAUCAAUAUGCACGCAGCUCACCAUAAUCAAGGAUCUUUAACAAGGCAAGAUUUUAUAAAUUGGACAGCGAACUUCAUAAAGCGACGGAGUCAGCGGAAUUGCAAUUCGAAGCUAGCCGCUCGCAAGGUCAGGUUGGCUAGAGAAAAGGCCAGACUUCGAUUAAGGAAAUCUGAGGUUGAUCGAGAGUUUGAGAGAUUACACAAUAAGUUGUACGAAACAGCUCAACAACUACGAAAUGAUAAUAAAAUACUUAAGGCUACUUUUCUGGAAAUGGCAUCUAAGUGUAACCGCUUGAAUAUAGAAACUAAAAGUAUUCGCAUGUCAUUGGAAAGGGAAAUAAUAGCUCGAGAUAGAGUUGUUCCCGAUUGCGAUGAAAUAGACAUUGAUCGUUGUGUACAUAAUUUCGUCCGAUAUUGCCAUGUCGCGAAUUGUGAUUGCCACUCUAACACGAACUUAAUACAAGUGUUACGGGUAAUUCUAAAUGCUUUUCCCUGA